CCAAGGAAAAGUCGUUAUUAUCUUUCUUGGGGCUAUCCCAUCAGGUGGGCUUUGUCUCUGGUUUCAGUGGAGAGCAUCAUUCCUUUUUGUUGAGAUCUAAAACUGGGUGGUGAAUAUUUCAGUUUUCUAGUUCUGGGUUUUGCUCAGACUUCAGAGUUGGAAAGAAGGAAACUUGAACUGUGGGCUGAAGAGAGUUGGAUUCUUGACUCAUCUCCAUGAAUUUGGGAUGAAUUCUGUAAUCUAUUGGUAAUACCUGGAUUACAUAGCCCUCACGAUUUUCUGAGAGGGCUGUUCAUAAUUUGGCUGGAAAUCCGAAGAUGGAGAAAAAGAGAAAGAUCACACAAUACAGGGAGAGGUUGGACAAGACAUUGGCAUCUCCAAAUCUAACAAACAAGGAGGCUUUAAAAGUCCUUGUCAAGGAUCAGCUUCUCCGCUCUUCAGAAAAUGAAAUUAAAGGUUGUAAUGCAAACAUUAUCGAAGAAAGGACGGCUGAAGUGUCAAAUUUGCUUGACAUGUUGAGGAGUGCUUCCCUUGGUGAUGACGAGGGAUUGAAAACUUGUGAUACUCCAUCACAGCCUGAAUGGAAAUUAAAACAGGACAAUGAGGAGUUCCGGGUUAUGUAUCGUGAGGGAAUCCAAGGCAGUCCAUUUCAUACAUUACUUGUUGAAGGUUACAUAGAUGGGCCUGUUGAUGUCUGUUUAUGCAUCUCGUGUGAGGCAGAACUUUACAAGAAAUGGUGGCCUCAGUCUACCAUUCCAACUUUCAAAAUUCUCUCUGGGAAGUGUUUGCAGAAGGUUGGCAUCGGUGAACAUGUAUCUGUUGUGAGGAUGAAGAUUCCGUGGCCACUUUCAGCUAGGGAGGCUGUAGUGCACUAUUUUGUGUUCGAGUAUUAUGAAGAUGACCUGAUUGUUUGUCUCUUGAACACGAUCUCUGAUUUUGAAGGCAUUGAAGGUGGCCUAAAAAAUGAGGCAACUGAUGUAGCAAAGGAUGUGGUUAGGAUAGAUGUAGUAGGUGGGUUUGCGUUGCAGAAGGUUACUGAAGAUCGAAGUUACUUUCGGACGAUAGCAAAUAUGGAUAUAAAGAUGGACUUAAUCCCACCAUCCCUUAUAAAUUUUGUCUCAAGGCAGCUCAUUGGGAACGGUUUCAGACUAUAUCAAAAGGUAGUGUCUUCAAAGCUUAAUCGUGAUGAAGAUUACAGCAAGGCUUUGAGAGGCCCACUAUACUCUCGCAUACGUGAAGCUCUUUCUUCACUUCAUGAAUCAAAAAGGCUUGUGGAGGGAAAAAAGCUACAUGAUGAUGCAUCCAAUCUCUUUGAAGAACAUCUAACUAAAAAUAAAAUGAAUGAUUUGAAGUUGGUAAAUAUGGAUGAGAAAGUUCAUAAUGAACUACUUGCAAGUGAAUCUACCCCAGAUGAUGCACAUUUUACCGGAGGAAACACUUGUGAGAUUGAGGAGGUAGAGAGUGAAGAAAGCAAGACUGAGGAGAUAGAAAGCGAAAAAAGCAAGAUUGAGGAGGUACAGAGCAAAGAAAGCAGGCAGCUUGAGGAUCAAACAUCCAACAGAAUUCCAGAAAGGGGACAUAUAAAUGGCAAGAGAAACGUGUUUAUCAGUCCUGAGGUGGAACAAGCUAUAAGAACAAUAGACAAGGUCAUUUUGAAGGUUCGCCAAUAUAGGUUCAGUGCUGAAAUGCCGUCCUCUGGUUUCAACACUGAAGUCUCAGGAAAGGAAAAGGAUGGAGGUAAUCCGAAGUCCUUAGAAGAUGAAAUCCAUUCAAGUGAACAUCUUUCUGCAGUACCUAAACCAGAGGACACUGAAGGGGCGUUAACUACACCUUUAAGGAGUAGCACUGCCAUUCAAAACAUAAGUUAUGCAGGCUCAAAUUAUUUGUCAAAGGAAGUUAACCAUAACAGAAUAGUACCUACUUCCCCAUUGUGUUCGUCCAAAGAUGGGGCUGCAGAGGUACCUGUAGUGGAUAACAUCAUGCAUGGUACCGACCAAGUUAGCUGCAAAGAAGAUGACACUCAUCAAGGUAGUCCCAGGAAAAGGAAGAUGUCAAGGCGGCAAAUAAGGCGUGGGUUGUGUUGCUUCAGCAUCAAUUCAGGACAGAUAGAUUCUUAAGAAGUGAUUCAAGUUGAAAGUUGCAAAACUGGAACUUUGUUCUGAACGUUUGAAUUGUGUAUGAUUGGUCUUUUAUAGUUUAUAAGACCAGAUGGUCCAUAUCUGCAAUCUCACACAUGCCUCACCGGUGGAAAUGAGAUCGUUCUGGAUUGCUUGUAGCAUCGUUUUCGUUUCAUGAUUUUCAUUGCUGUGGGUGCUGCGGUUUCCUAUGGAUAUCAGGAUAUGUGGCCUUCAAAAUCUGGCAUGAUAAUGUCAUUGAAAAUGGUGCGACUUGCCUAGAUUUCUAGUAGGAAAGAAGAUCCAAAGACUAAUAAGGUGUCUUAUGUGUAAAAGAAAUAUCAUGUGACUAGAAUGUUCAAAGUGUGCUGAAAUAUUGCAUCAUUUUUUUUAAAGAAAAUGAGACCAUCGCAGGAUUGGCUGG